UCCGCGUUUGGUCUGAGCUGGAAUCCCCUCAGCCCUGACAAGAGACGGGACCUGACCCGAGCGGGAAUAAACUUCCAGCUUUGGAAAAUCCUCCCUGGAAUAACGAUAACUCUCACAGCGUGCCAGCAUGUCCCGGGACCCGGGCGAUGACGUCAACAAGCUGACCGAGAGCACGUACAAGAAUGUUCUGGAGCAGUUCAACCCGGCGCUGAGGAACCUGGUCAACCUCGGGAAGAACUACGAGAAAUCAGUCACAGCGAUGACCCAGGUGGGGAAGGCCUACUUUGAUGCCGUCUCAAAGAUCGGUGAGAAUGCUGCCAUUUCUCCGGUUUCCAGGGAACUCGGUGUGGUUCUGAUGGAGAUCUCAGAUGUCCAAAGGAAGAUCCAUCUGGAACUUGAGGAGAAAUUUAAGAGGUUCCACAGAGAGAUUGUUACGGAGCUGGAGAAGAAGACAGAGAUGGACAUCAAAUACAUGAAUGCCACCUUCAAGCGCUAUCAGUCGGAGCACAAGUUGAAGCAGGAUUUUCUGGAGCGCUCCCAGACGGAUCUGAAGAAGCUGCGGAGGAAGAGUCAAGGAAAACACUCCUCCAAGUACGAGGUCAAAGAGAACGAGUACAUAGAGACCAUCUCGUCGCGUCAGAUGGACAUGCAGAAGUUCAUCGCUGAUGGCUGCAGGGAGGCGCUGCUGGAGGAGAAGAGACGCUUCUGCUUCCUGGUGGACAAACACUGCAUGUUCUCCUACCAGAUCUCCACGUUUCACGAGAAGGCCAGAGAGAUGCUGGUGCUGAAGCUGCCCAGCUGGCAGGACAAAUGCAGUGAUGCCACCAAGGUGCCGGACACGGUGAUGACGAUGAUAGAAGGGCUGCAGACGCCUGUGUCAGACACACCUGAACCCUCAGCCCUCGUGGAACUCUACAACAGGAACAACUUAGAGACUAUGGUGCCUCCUCCAGCCCCGCCGCUGAAGGCUCAGAUCAGCCCACUGGCCAACAUGUUCAACCCCGAACCCAGAUCUCCUCUCACCUCUUCCUCGGACCACAACUCAGACCAGGGAAGCAUCGGGGAGGGCGGUCUGUCAAGGUCAGUGUCCCAGUCGUCUGGUCUCAACAUGGGCAGGAGGCCCCGGGUUCAGACCAUCUUCCCCCACACAGCGGGCAACAACGACACACUGCUCAGCUUCGACGACGGAGACGUCAUCAACCUGCUCAUCCAGGAGGAGAAGGACGGCUGGCUGUAUGGGGAGCUGGAGAGGACACGACAGCGGGGCUGGUUUCCCUCGUCCUACUGCAGACCCUACACCGAGUCCGUCAUAUCAAACAGCAGCAACGUGGGGACGCCUCUGCGCAGUCCGAGUGUGGCCAGUCUGCCGGAACAGGAAGAGGAGGAGCCUGUUCUGCUCCCGCCCCCCGACUACAGCGACAACCUCCCUUCCAGCCCGGUGGUCUGCUCCACGCCGUCGCCACAGCACACGGUGUCUCUUCUCAAUGGGCUUGGGAAGGCUCCUUUCCUUGGAGGCGCGAAUCCAUUUGCUACAGUGAAACUGAGACCAACAGUGACCAAUGACAGAUCAGCGCCAAACAUCUAAAACUCCAUGAAGAAGGAACGUCCUCACUGUCAUCAUCAAACAGAGAAAUGCCCCCCAUCAAUCCAGACCCCCCCAUCAAUCCAGACCACCAUUGAUCCAGACCCUAUCAAUCCAGACCCCUAUCAGUCCAGACCCCCAUCGAUCCAGAACCCCACAUCAAUCCAGACCCCCCAUCAAUCCAGACCACCAUUGAUCCAGACCCUAUCAAUCCAGACCCCUAUCAGUCCAGACCCCCAUCGAUCCAGAACCCCACAUCAAUCCAGACCCCAUCAAUCCAGAUCCCCCAUCGAUCCAAACCACCACAUCAAUCCAGACCCCCAUUAAUCCAGAUCCCCCAUUAAUCCAGAUCCCCCAUACAGAGGACCCACUUCACCAUGCUGGACUGUGUGGAAGAGGGAAGCUGAUAGAUCAAUAGAUCAAUGUGUUUGGAAGAUCGACAUCAGAAACUGAACCAAAUUCCCAGAAAGCUUUGCAGGUCUGCUCUCCACACCGUGUGUUCAGUCUGUGUGUGGGCGUUAAUCUCUUUUAAGAGUGGAAAAGGUUUUUCACAACAUAUUUUAACCACACCAUGAGAGUUUUGUGAACUGGGACAGGCCAGACCACCUCCAGACUCACCUGCAAACUACUGUGUCUCUGUUAUUUCUGUUUUUAUUUGCCUAUUUUAAAGUGUGCUAUAUGGAGGUUGUGAGAAUGAAGGGAGUGGCGUGUAGAGAAAAGGGCUUAUUGUUGAGUGCUGUUAUGUGGCAUUAUUUCUAUUUGACAGUUUCAGAUAGGGAGGCUGUUUCUACACACAGAGCUGUGAGGAAACUCUCAUUAGAGAUUUAAGAUGUGUCUGCUCUGUGGAGGUGAACCUCCAAACUGGAUUUUCAGCCAAAUUGACAAAAUGCUCCGUGCAAGCCUCAGAAAAUGUCCCCAGUUGGUUUUGACUUCUCAUUGGCUUUUAGGAGGUACUUUAAAUGGUUAGACUCAGCUGAUGAAGAGGAAUAUCUUCCACUCUGUGUGUUUUACUGUUGAGAACACUGGAUGCCAAAUUCCCCUUUACUUUCAUUGUAAGCCCUGGUUCAUGUUUACUGUACAAUGGUACCCAAAAUCACCAGUGUAUGUACCUUACUGGAAGACACUGCUUGUAUUUUAUACGGUGAACAUUGUUUGAUGAGCAAAGUAUCAAAUCUGUCGUGAUGACACAAAAAAUUGCCUUAUAUUUACCGAUGAAAUCUUUACAGAAUGAAUUGCUGGUGGUGAAAAGUGAAUGACAGUUGGACAGAAUGUCAGAGUGUGUCGGCCUCAGCCUGCUGUGCGCUGCAGGAUCCGCAGGAUCCUGGACUAGAAUGUCAGUGUGUCGGCCUCAGCCUGCCGUGUGCUGCAGGAUCCGCAGGAUCCUUGACUAGAAUGUCAGAGUGUGUCGGCCUCAGCCUGCCGUGUGCUGCAGGAUCCGCAGGAUCCUGGACUAGAAUGUCAGAGUGUGUCGGCCUCAGCCUGCCGUGUGCUGCAGGGUCUGCAGGAUCCUGGACUAGAAUGUCAGAGUGUGUCGGCCUCAGCCUGCCGUGUGCUACAGGAUCCGCAGGAUCCUGGACUAGAAUGUCAGAGUGUGUCGGCCUCAGCCUGCCGUGUGCUGCAGGAUCUGCAGGAUCUGCAGGAUCUGUGGGAUCCGUUUAAACAGCAAACUUAUUCACACGCUUCUUUCAAUGUCUGCCUUACCAACUAAUGUCAACUACUGUAUCCUUUUUAAUUCUCAU